AUAAUAGGACACCUUAAAGAGAGCUAGGAAAUAGGUACGUUGAUUGUUUUACAACACCUUAGGUACUUAAUUACUAUUGACUUCUUCUGUCUUUUGUUGUUGUAGUCGCUCUCUGAGCAUUGGUUCGUUCCACUUAUGAAGUUCGUUUUAAUGUAAUAAUUUAAUGUCCAAUCGCCCGAACGCGCACUCAAUAUGGACACCAUGGAAUCGACUCUAGACAACACGACCCUCUCUACCAUCUCUCUCCUCGAAGCGCGACUCUUGCGCAUUGAGCAUUUAUUAUAUGGCCACACGGUUCAGCAACCCAAAGUCUCGGCUAUAAGGAGCAUGCAAGAACUAGAGCACCGAUUUGGAACUCUUCUUCAACGAAUGCGCGUUUAUGCCGAACUCCUGAAACUCUACAAAUCCCAACCAACUCUCUUCCAACCACCACCACCGUCUCAGCCACCGCCCGAACUCUCUCCCGAAGCCCUACGCGCCAUUGUUCUCGCUAGUGCGUCCUCGUUCCCGGCCACGGCUUCCGCGCUUACAGCCAUAUCCGAUACACCGAUUCCGGACCCGGCGCACACGGCUGCUCUAGCCGCCUUACUACCCAGGAUGAAGGGGAUUGAGGCGACACAGAUAGCACAGGCGGCAGAGAUUGCGGAGUUGAGAGCACGCAGUGAGAUUGUCGUACGCCAGUGGUACGAGCACAACGUUAUGAACUACUCGAAUUUCGUUGCAAGUGUUGAGGGUCGUGUUGAAAACGCCGAGAGGGUCAUUAGGAGAGUAGAAAGAGCAAGGAAUGAAGUUUGAAGGUUAAGGCACAUAACCGUAUGCCUUGGGAUAAAGGCUACACAUGAUGGAUCAAAUACCGAUCCGAGCCACUAUCAUCUAUCGCACCUACUCCACGUGGGACCUUACCCGGGAGGUUGUAAGGCUUGAUCGCAUUACGCCCAACCUUUACAGAGCCGACUUGAAUUUGCCGUAUGAAUACCUAGGCAUAGAGUCUUAGAGCGGUGACAGUACAGUCAAAAAGGGCUCUAAUAUCAAUCAGAUAGGGUCUGUUCGCUACAAAUACCUUUACUGAUUGGUAGUCGGGCAUUUCGAUGGUGGUAGCAGCACACCCCUGACAGCGUUGUUCUAUCUUGACAUCGAAAGUUAACAAGAGAAGAGUAAUAAAUGAAGUGGACAGAGACCGUCAGAAUAUAAGUGACGUUGAAACUACGUUUAGUUACCUAAGAGGUAGUUAGUAUUAACUAAUAACACAUUAUAGUCUUUCUAACACUGGAAUUCAACUAACAUCUUAUAUACAGUCUUGGUAAGAUAUGAUAUGAUAAUCAAGCCCUUAUUUAAAUUCAUACAUCAACGUUCAUUCAGAUGGUGGCUGAGUACAAAAUAAGUUAUUUCCGAAGGCUUCAUCUAUGUGCCUACCUACCUCCUAUGCAUACUAAAUCUCAUCUCGAU